AUCACUUGCACGGCUGCACCAUCUUCAAAUCCUCAAUCAAGCAACACUAAUAAUUCUUUAUAGUUCUCAUCCUUAGAACUUAGAUCCAAAGAAUUCACUGUAAACAUGUUUUCAACAACAAUAAUAAUUCCUUUCAUUCUCUUCACUUUCACAUACCUUUUAUUCAAAUUCUACUUACGUGAAAAACAAAACACCAUAAAUCAUAAAAAACCACCAGGUCCACCAACACUACCAAUAAUAGGAAACCUUCACAUGUUAGGUAAACUUCCACAUAGAACACUUCAAUCACUGUCCAAAAAAUAUGGUUCAAUCAUGUCCUUACAACUUGGUCAAGUUCCAACAAUUGUUAUUUCAUCUUCAAAAGCUGCAGAAUCAUUCCUCAAAACUCAUGACAUCAAUUUUGCAAGUCGGCCAAAGACUCAAGCAUCUCAGCUCAUUUUUUAUGGUUCCAAAGGGUUGGCUUUUUCUGAGUAUGGUCCUUAUUGGCGUAGUGUAAAGAAACUUUGCACUUUGAAACUUCUUAGUGCUUCAAAAGUUGAGAUGUUUGGUCCUAUUAGGAAGAAGGAGUUGGAUGUUUUGGUUAAGUCAUUAGAGAAAGUUGUUUUGGUAGGUGAGGUUGUGAAUGUUAGUGAGAUUGUAGAGAAUCUUAUUGAAGAUAUUGUGUAUAAGAUGAUAUUGGGUAGGGGUAAGUAUGAGCAAUUUGAUUUAAAGAAGUUGGUUCAAGAAGGAAUGGCUAUGCUUGGAGCUUUUAAUCUGGCUGAUUAUGUUUCUUGGUUAGGUCCUUUUGAUCUUCAGGGAUUUACACGAACCUGCAAGAAAACCGGUAAAGCACUUGAUGAGGUAUUGGAGAUGAUAAUUACAGAGCAUGAACAAAGCACUAAUGUAGACAAAGUUCGUCAUGAAGAUUUCAUUGAUAUACUUCUCUCAAUUGUGCACCAAACGGUAGAUCCAGAAAAUGAACAAAGUGGUGUUAUUGACAGAACUAACAUCAAGGCAAUUUUACUAGACAUGAUUGUGGCAGGAAUUGAUACAGCCACUACCACGAUUGAGUGGGCUUUAUCUGAACUUUUCAGACAUCCAAGAGUGAUGAAAAAGCUUCAAGAUGAGAUACAAAAUGAAGUAGGAAAUAAAAGAAUGGUCGAAGAGAAUGAUUUGAAGAAGUUGAAUUACUUAGAUAUGGUGGUUGAUGAGACAUUAAGACUUUACCCUGUUGGACCCUUAUUACUUCCUCGUGAAUGUAGAGAAAGCAUAACAAUUGAUGGAUAUUUUAUAAAGGAAAAGACACGAGUUAUAGUAAAUGCAUGGGCUAUAGGGAGAGAUUCAAAUAUUUGGUUAGAAAACGCUGAUGAGUUUUAUCCAGAGAGAUUUAGUGAUAAGAAAAUGAAUUAUCAAGGACAGCAAUUUGAAUCUAUACCAUUUGGUUCAGGUCGUAGACGUUGUCCUGGGAUUCAAUUGGGUUUGGUUACGGUUAGAUUUGUUGUAGCUCAAUUGGUGCAUUGCUUUAAUUGGGAACUUCCACAUAAUAUUAGCCCUUCCAAUUUGAAUAUGGAAGAGAAAUUUGGAGUCACUAUACCAAGGGCUCAACAUUUGCACGCAAUACCGAGUUAUCGUUUGGAAUGUGAUGAGAAGCUUGAAUAGGUCCAUAAAGGACAUUAUUAUGCUUGUAUUCAACAAGUUUAUUACUAGUAAAGAUGUUAUAAGUUGGUCUAAUGGUGCUUGAAUAGAAUAAGUUAAUGAGUAUUGCUAGUUUUUAUUAUAUGUUAAUAGCCAACAUAUGAAUAAAUUAGGAGUGAAGAAAUUAGAGAAAUUAUCAGUUAAUUGCUUAUUGAAUAAGUGUUUAUCAUACAAGUGUUUAUGUAUAUGAUCAGUUAUUCCAAUAAUUAAAGUGAUAAUCCGGUCCACUAUUUUCAACUAA